CUCAGCGCUGUUUCGAGGUGGAUCUGCGUUUUUUCGCUCCGCUGGCUUAUUACUGACAAAUUAGGUUGAAACAAAAACAAAAUGAAUAAAGUUCAACUUGCUCAUAUGGAGCAAAUGAUAAAAGAUGCGCAUUUGAUUGAUUUACGGAUGAAACUACAGAUGGCAGAGAAAAUGGCGUAUUUCACUAAAAAGACUUUAACAUGUAACGUCAGUGCGCCACUCCUCGGUAUCAGCGAAAACGUUUAUAAUAAACUACAAAAUAAAAUAGAAACUAUGAAAACCCGGAAAUUUGCACAUCUUCAGGAAUUUUGCCUGCAUAAACAAAAGCUACUUGUCGUAGUUAAAAACAAUUUUUCUUACACGGAUAUCAGAGAAAUUCUAGUAAAACAUUAUAUUGAGCAACAAGAAAUCCCAACCAAGGAAAAACUCAUUGCCGAUUUAGAAUUAAAAAAUAAACCUUGUGAUAAAAAUACUCUUAAUUAUUAUCUCAAUGAUCUUGGAUUUAUUUGGAGAAUCCUCCCAGGGACGACAAAAUACAUACUAACCGAGCAUCCGAAAAGAGUCGCGGAUAGAUUGAGAUACUUCAAAAAACUAAACCAAUACAGAUCAGAAAACAGGAAAAUAGUUUAUAUAGAAGAAAAUUAUAACCAUAUUUACCGAAAUCAUGAGGAGGCCAAUGGCAAAUAUCGUAGAUGCUGCAUUGCGGCAAUUACAGAAAACUGCUUAGUUAAAGUAGACACAUAUACGUAUCCUGGCGUACCUGGAGGCCAUUUGUACGCAUGGCUUAGAAAUGAUUUACUACCGCAAUUGCAGAAAAACUCAGUAGUGGUAGUUGAAGACAAAUUGAACAAAGAAAUUCAAGAUUAUCAAAUACCUGACGCAUUCAACACUAAGGAAGAAAUGAAAGAUUGGUUGACUAUAAACAACGUCCCUUUUGCAGAAAAUAUGUGUAAAGCAGAUUUAAUGAAGCUUAUUGAUAAGUUUGCAAACGAAAGUGGAGAUAUUUUGGAAGACAUUUUCAAGUCACAAGGACAUGAUUUUUUGCGUAAACCCAAAUUUCCGAAGCUGUGUGUAAUGGCACCUUUGGCUCAACUUAUGCUUGAUACUUAUCCCUGGCAGCGGAUACCAUCAAAAUUAGCAGAUGAACUGAAAGGUUGCACUGAAAAGCAGUGGACACAGAUGUUUGACACUCUUAAACUAGAAGAAAGAAGGAUUAUGCAUGAAGAUCUUUUAAUGGAAGAAAUAAUAGACAAGUUAAUUACCAUGACUACUCAGGAGGGUUUGGUGGAGAACCAGGGUUUAGAUAAUGUCGAAAGAGAUCUUGACUACUAUGUUGUCGAGAAAAAGACCUUACCCUAUAACAAGCCUGAAUAUAGAAGUGCAGUUUCUUGUCCUACAGCUACAAAUUUAACACGUUCGCUGGGGCAAGCCAAAACCUUAACCCAUAAUCUAGUGCGUUACGUGGCCCAAUCCGCCCCGUAAUAGUUUACAUCGUAGUGCGUUACGGGUAUAAAAGUGCCCCGUACGCCUAAGUCUGUUAAAAGUGCUGUAAGUUCCUGAAAUAUUGGAUAUUCCUAUAUUUUUUUCGACUAACUGUAAGAGUAUGAAAUUUCCUACGUCUCAUUAUCCCCGCACGUGGAUACGAUAAAAACUCAGAAAAUUAUAUAGAAAAGAAAAUACGGGGUUAUUUUAUCCCCGUAUCGCACUAAAAUUGAAAAAAUACGGGGCUUAGUAUUAAGGUCGACAAAUUAGUAGUGAUGGGAAAUAAAACAAUCGAU